GGACUUGGAUAAUUCUGUUCCCUUUUUUUUGGACUCCAGGGACACUAUACAGCGAGUCACCUCCGUACCCGAUCAUUCACCUGGUGCUCUCGCUGGUAACCCCUGUGUUUUUGAGCCCUCUGAUUCAGGAAACGCUCGCAGCGUUUCCUUUGGUUUAGCGGAUAUGACGGUGUCACCCGUGGAGGUAACUGAACCUAAGACUGUUAUUUCUCACCAGACUCAUCUACACACUGCUACUAGCAUUGUAGCCCCGCAGAACUGUGUUACUCCGCCCUUGGACUCUAGGGUUUCCCGUUCAGAGUUCAGCCAUACACCGGUAGCAUCAUUAGCUCUAGAUAUAACGGUGCAUGCUGAGGAGCACAAACCAUCAGAGACCAUGUGUUCUAUAGCUAAUGCUCCUCCUAGUGACUGUUUCAUGUUCCAGCCUAUUUUCUCUUUAGACAUUCCUGAUAUUUCUCAGCCUACUCCUCAACCAGCCACUGCCUUCGCGGCUCCUCAGAGAGUUACUAAGAACAAGACCUGUGUUGCUGAGCCAGCCAACUUAACAUCUACGCUUAGCGUUCUGCCUGAGCCAGGUGACACAGAGACUAGUAGCCAUUCCUCUGCCAUGAACAGUGUAAUCUUUAAACCAGCUCUUGUAUCUGUGACUCCCAGUGUUGCUCCUUCAGUUUCUCAGGCUGUGGUUUUUCCUGUGCCACAACUUGAAAGUGCUAACUCGGACGCUACCUGUGUAAACUCACCUUCUCUCGUGCCUGCUAAGGUCAAGAGCCGCAGGAUUUCAUCUGCUAUACAUAGACUGGCAAAUGAUUUUGGUUUGAGCACUGCAGAACUGUUUGCACAGGUUAAAUUCUCUGUUCCACACUCAUGUCAGUUUAACUCUGUGCGCCCUGCUUUUCGGGCAGGUUACAUAGACUCUAUGUGCACUUCGUCUCGUGCUACAUUCUGUACCGCUGUGUGUAGUGUUGUCUCACAUUCAGGUUGUCCUGACGCUGCUUGUGUGAGUUCUCCUGUACCUGUGGCUGCUCCUGGACUCACUCAUUCUAAAACUGCUAAUUGUGACAUGGACAACUUAAGUACAGCAGAGCUGCUAGAACCAGCCCACCAUGAGUCGCAGUUUGCUGACACUGUGUUUGGCUCCAACUUAGUUCACCCA